AUGGUGGGUUUGAAACGUUUACCAGCAGUUGCAUGGACCCAGUGCUUGAAACCCGAUGUACAGGUUAUUCAAACACAAAUUGAAAAUAUCAAUGAUGAGACAACUGAGGUAACGACGCAAAAUGUAACUACAACUGUUGACGAUGGGGAUACAAGUGGAGAAAUUAGUGUGCAGGUUGUUCAUACAAAACCUGGCGUUUUGAACUCUGAGACAAAUAAGCAACAUCCAGAUUCAUUGAUAACUGAAGGCGUUAAAACCGAUAUCAAUGAAGAACUAGAAACGGGAUCCGACUAUUCUGAGCUUCCAUCAGCACCAGGAGAUCUGAUCGAAAUAGAAUCCUCUUCAAACAGCAUUUCAUUAGCUUGGAAUGCACCUAAACAGAGUUCAAAUAACGUUGAUUAUUAUGAAAUUAAAUACAAAAUAUGCAACAAACGGGGUGUAAAAUGGAUACCAGUAGUUACGGAAACAAGCAGACGAACAGUUACGGUUACAGAUUUGAAAUGUGGCACAGAUUAUGAAUUCAGAAUACGAGCUGUCAACGAAGAUAGUGAUGAAGGUCCCUAUGGCACAACAGCUAAGUUUUCAACCAGAUUGUCAUUAGCCAAAUCUGUACAAAUAGGAGCCACAAAAAUAAAAGAUGGAAAUCCUAGUAUCUAUAAACUUCCUUUGUACCAACUAAAAAAUUCGAUAAACAUGAGAGCAAGAACAAGAAAAUGCAUCUUCGGUAACAAAAAAGGGGUAUGUGCUGAAAAGACUAUUAUGUUAGUUGGUGCUACCGGUUCUGGAAAGAGCACAUUGAUAGAUGGUAUGAUAAACUAUAUUACUGAUGUAUCCUGGGAUGAUGAUUUCAGAUUUUCAUUGGUGGAUUUAACUGAUGAUGAAAAGAAAAAGCAUAAAAACCAGGCUGAAUCUCAAACUGAAUGGAUAACAUGUUACACAAUUCACAAAAUGGACGGAAGUAAAAUUAAUUUUGAUCUCAACAUCAUCGACACACCUGGGUUUGGUGACACUCGUGGUAUAAUUAGAGAUAAGGCGAUUGUCGAUCAAAUCCGCGAGUUUUUUACAACACCAGGAGACCAGGGAGUUGCUUUUCUAGAUGCAAUUUGUUUUGUUACACAGGCACCAAUGGCUAGAUUGACACCUCCCCAGAGAUACAUAUUUGACUCUAUUUUGUCAAUCUUUGGACAAGAUGUAGCUAAUAAUAUAUUUGUGCUGAUUACAUUUGCGGAUGGAAACGAGCCACCAGUACGAGAUGCAUUGAAAGCAGCAAAUGUGCCUUUCCAGAAAUCCUUUAAAUUCAACAAUUCCGCAUUGUUUGCAAACACUGGUAAAGCAGAGGAAGCAAAAUUCGGCAAUCUGUUUUGGAAAAUGGGACAAGAAAGUUUUCUCAUCUUCUUUAAUGAACUUGACAAAGUUGAUCCCAAAAGUCUGCAGUUAACAACAGAAGUGUUGCAACUAAGAAAGAACCUGGAGGUCACUAUUCAAGGCUUACAACCUCAAAUUACGGAGGGGAUAAACAAACUCAAUACGAUUCGACAAGAACAAGAUGUUUUAAAGCGACAUAAAACUGAUAUAGCAGCAAACAGAAACUUUACCUAUGAGGUCGACGAGAUACAUAUGAGGAAGAUUGAUUUGGAACCAGGAACCUACGUUACCAAUUGCUUGACAUGCAAUAGAACUUGCCAUUUUCCAUGCGGCAUACCAGACGAUCACGGAAAACAUGGCUGCUGGGCAAUGUCAGACGGAGAUUGCAGAAUUUGUCCCAAAAGAUGUAACUGGAUUAUACACAAAAACAACUCGUUCCGUUUCGAAACAUAUAAUGUGAAAAUGAAGAAGACUUAUGACGAACUGAAAAAGAAAUAUGAAAUUGCCCAACAAGAAGAAAAAAAACAACGGUCUGUUUUGGGAAAGGUCCGAACUGCGUUCUCAGCUCUCGGUAGAAAUGUUAUGACCAUGGUACAUGAUGUUCGUGGCUACAUUAAUAAAUUAAAUGAAAUUGCACUCCGGCCAAACCCUCUGAGCGAUAUUGAUUACAUUGAUCUGCUUAUAGAGAGUGAGAAGAACGAGAAAAAGCAUGGAUGGGACCAACGACUAAAACUUUUCUAUAAAAUGAGGGAAGAGGCUGAGCUUGUUUCAAAAACAUCAAAAGCAAAUUACAAACCAUGGGGUACAGAUGCCGACAUUAUCAACGAGAUAGAUGAUUAACACAGAUAAACAUUUUCAUAUAGAUACGUUUGCUGUAUUGUAUAUAUUUUUCAAAGUUAUAUAUAGUGUUAUGUAGCUAGAAUGAUUAUAUUCUAUUUUACUAGUAAUAA